AUGUCUAUCGUAGCAUCUAAAACAACGAGAUCGACGCCAGGUUGGGUGCAAGACGUCGAAUCCAGCAAGCCCGGCCUAUCAUGCACCUACGCACUUGCCACUCUGUCUCUAGACCAGUCUCGCCCUGAAAUCCGCAACGUUGGAAUCAAAGACCUGAUAUCCCUCUCCCCCUCCGCCCGACCCGACCGGCAAGCCCUGCUCUGCUCGACCGAUGCUCGAACCCCGAAAGUCUUGCAGCUGGUCAAGAACCCUCGAUGUUCCCUCUCCACCUGGGUUCCCGAGGAACUCCUCCAGAUCAGAAUCCAAGCGAUGGCCCGGACGUACUCUUCUCAAGGCUGGAUCGGAGGUGAAGAGGCCGUCAGCGGGGUCGAGGUGGAUAUGAAACGGUUGCGGAGAGAGAUGUGGCGUAGCGAAUCAUUUCACGGUCGGACACGAGCCUGGCAUGCGAACCCUACGCCUGGCACGGACCUGGACGAUUCGAGGGACGGGUGGACAGAACAGCUGGCGGUCUCGACGACGCAUUUGGAAGGUCACGAUGCACGCCCGAGUACUGGUGGACUAGGUAGCGAAGAAGCCGAGUUGAAAGCUGAUGAAGUAUUGGCAUCGAUACUAGAGAACCGCGAAGCCGACACUCCCGAGACUCGAUCAUACAAGAACUUCGCGCUCAUCGUGUUCGAGCCGUACGAGGUUGACGUGGUCAGGAUGGCAAAGAGCGGGUUCGAUCGACGGACAAGGUGGACCAAGCAGGGGGACGACUGGAUAAGCAAGGAGGUGGUACCGUGA